UGCAAGAGUCGUCAAGCACAGCGCAAAACGUGCUGGCUUUUUGGCUGUGACUUGCAGGACUUUCAUGGUUCUUUUGCUAUUGUAAAGCGGAGAAAACUCAUUAAAAGUUGCAAAGGAAAUUCAAAGAUUAUCAACGCCCUCCAUCAAGCAAGUUCAAUCAUGUCACAAUUCUGGCGAAAAGGAUCUCGGAUGAUUACCCAUAAUACAUCAGUGAAGCUGGUAACUAGGUGCAUAUCUCGACCAAUCWCAUUCUCGUCAACUCAUGACUACAUCGUGUGUGGCGCGGGGUCUGCUGGGUGUGUUUUAGCCAAUCGUCUUUCAGCAGAAUCAGCCAAUCAGGUUCUUCUAUUGGAAGCAGGUCCUAAGGACAAUACCUUCAGAAUACAGAUGCCAUCGGCCAUGAUGUACAACCUCACUGAUGAUAAAUAUAACUGGUUUUACAACACAGAGCCACAGGAAUACCUGAAUAACAGGUGCAUAUACUGGCCAAGAGGGCGUGUCUGGGGCGGGUCAUCGUCUCUUAAUGCCAUGAUAUACGCCAGGGGACACGCCUUUGACUACGAUCGCUGGGAGAGUGAAGGAGCAAAAGGCUGGUCUUAUGCAGAUUGUUUGCCUUAUUUUAAGAAGGCACAGACUCAUGAAUUGGGCCCCAGAUCCUUCUACUCUCUGGAAUUGGCGACGGCAACGAACUUCAGAAGCUUGGGGUCCCUGUGGUGUGUCAUCUUCCAGGAGUGGGRCAGAAUUUACAAGACCAUCCACAAAUUUACAUUGAAAAUGAAUGCAAACAGCCGAUAUGUCUUCAUAAGUACCAYAAAGGCCUGAAAAGGAUCUUYAUCGGGGCUCAAUGGUUCCUAACCAAGACGGGCCCGUGUGGAGAGAACCAUUUUGAUGUAGGSGCCUUUAUCAAGAGUGACGAUAGUGUUCCYCAUCCAGACAUCCAGUUCGAUUUCGUCCCUCUCUGCGUGAGUAAGGUCAAGAAUAAGCUGAUAUCACGUGGUCACGGYUAUAGRUUUAAGAUGUCCGCUUCCGUACAACGCCCAACAAGCAAAGGGUAUAUUAAACUCAAGACCCGCAACCCUCGGGACCAUCCCGAAAUCCAGCCAAAUUAUUUAUCAACUGAAUACGAUCGAGAUUUGAUACGAAAGAGUAUUAAGAUGGCUAGACAUGUAUUCGCGCAAGACGGAUUCAAACCCUUCAGAGGAAAGGAACUUUCGCCAGGAAGUCACAUUCAAACGGACGACGAGGUCGACGAAUUCAUYCGGGACAAACUGAAUACRAACUACCAUCCGUCAUGCACGUGUUCGAUGGGUGAUAGCUCUGACGUCAUGGCYGUAGUUGACAACGAAACAAGAGUACAUGGYGUCGAGGCACUUCGAGUUGUGGACGCGUCGGUCAUGCCAAGYAUUGUCAGCGGUAAUCUUAAUGCGCCCACGAUCAUGAUUGCUGAAAAGGCAGCGGACCAUAUCCUAGACAACGAAAUACUACCCAAGGAAUAUGUUCCUGUUUAUGAGGCUGACUGUAUUCAAUCUGAUAUCCGUAGUGAGAGACAAGCCUCGGCAUAGAAAUGAGGCUAAACGCUUCUAUAUCUAUUUCACUGGAAAAAMUCGCGCGMYWUAAAGGUUGUAAA